UACUUUUUGUAAUGGUGCAUCUUUUGACCCUAACUUUAUCUGUACUCACAUUUGGAUUUGGGCUGGCAAGAAUAGAGAACCCGCAUUUUCCCAUAACAGACGGAAACUUCGAUGUAUUUCCUAUGAGGAUUGGCUGCUUGGGUGCUGUUUGUCUAACUCAGGCCUGGAUGAUGUGGAAAUUUAUAAAUUUUCAGCUGAAGAAAUGGAGAAAGCAUGUUAAGAACCAGAUCCCGAAGAAAAAAAUAGCUACCACAAAGAAAAAACAAACAAAAAAGGAACCAAACAGAGCGAACUUUGUCAAUAGAGCAGCAAAAUUAAAAGUUGGAGAAUCGCUAAGAAUGAGAAUACAAGCUAGUAUCAGAAGACGUUUGACAGAAGACUGUGACUUAAAAAAUUGACACUGCAGAGCUAUUAUUUGGAUGUCUCAUUAUUUCGAUGGACACUAUCAGGUUAUAUUUUUAAAAUAUGUUUGUUAAUAGCCCUACAUUUAUGACAAGAUUGUCCUUGAUCUACCUUAACGCAGUAGUCAUCUCUAAAUUUCACUUAGCUUUAACAAUGAAAACGGAUGAAUUGGUUUGAACUUCUGGUUCUGUGAUCAGAAGUUAUUGCAGUUGUGUAAUAUUUGCAUUACAGACACUUCAGAAGGCUGUCUAAAUUCAAGUUAUCUGUCUAUUCAUUUGUUUUUACAAAAUUAAAAUUCUGUACCAAAAAGAUCUUUACCAUGCCUCUUCCUUCACCAAGAAUUUUUUCUUUAUUCAUCUUAUAUGGAGUAAGAGGUAUGUCUGAAGUAGCCUGGUAAAAAAGCAAAAAUGUUCUAUACGUAAUUUCUUUUUCAAAAAGUUACAGAUUUAAAGUGGGAAAAUUCUGACAGGACAUCACUAAUCUUCUUUCAGUAUAAAGGUGAGACUAAUGUUUAGUAAAGAUGCAAAUUGCGUGCCUUGGGGAAAAAUGCUAGACUGCCAGUUGGA